ACAUCGUUGUGCCGGUCAUUUUGGAGUGUUUUUGGCGGCAAGCACAUGCUUUUUCUUCGUGUGUCAAGCAAAACGAAACAUUUUUCUUUUAAACUCAAUUGCAUUUUAAUCGCUGUAGAACAGACACAUUUCAAAUUGUUGUUGUUAUUUUUUUUGUUUUUUAUUCGGCAAAUUUUCUGAAGAAAAACCGAAAAUUAUGAAUUCAAGCACCGACUCAGCGAGUUCCGAAAUUGAUUAUGAGGUGGAACGAGUCGAUGGCAAGAAAGUGAUUAAUGGUGUGAUUCACUACAACAUCAAGUGGAAGAAUUAUCCGGUGGCUGAGAACACAUGGGAGCCCAUCGCGAAUUUGUCGUGCGCUGAACUGAUCAAUGAAUUUGAACACGCGCAAAAACGCCGUGGAAGUAAACCCAAACUCAAAUCGAAUCAUGAAGUGAAUGGUAACGAUGUGAUGAAAUCACCCGGUGACCUGCAUCAAUCGAAGAUGACGGAUUUUGUGUACAAUACCGACAAUUUGGUGCGCAUCAACGACAUGAAACGCAUAUCGGGCGAGGUGAUGUUUUUGGUGGAGUUCAAGGGAAUGGACGAAGAGGAAUGGGUGCCGGUGAACAUCAUCAAACGCAAUUAUCCGCAGAAAGUGAUCAAAUUCUACGAAGAAUGCAUCACUUGGAUCAAAUGAAAAUGCCUCCUAGAUUGAGAGCCACGAGUUUUGACAACUCGUAUAUUAACCAUGAAAAAAACAACAACAACACUCUUUUUGUAUCAAAAUGAAUCAAUUGUCAAUACAUUUACUUUUUUUUUUACUUAAGAAAUCUUUUAGAGAUUUUUGUUUUUAAAUACACGGCUAGAGCCGUUUUUAGAGACCAAUUCACAAUAACUAUAUCAAAAACCAUUUGAUCACAUAGUCUCUCUCAAUUUUGUAAUAUGAAUUUUGUAACAACUUAUAUACUCUAUACUAUAAUAAAAGACGGAAAAUUUUUGACAGAAAAAUGA